GUAGCGUGCAAAAAAUGCAACAAAGAAAUAUUACCUGGAACAGAAUUCUUCGAGGUUGACUUUGCACCAAAGUGCAGAGCCUGCUGCAUUGAAGAUGGCAUCAGAGCACCUCUGAAGACACUUAAAGAGCCGACAAAGUGUAAAACCUGCCAUGACGAAAUACCAGCCGGUACACCGUUUUAUCAAGUUCACCUGGCACCAAAAUGCAUGGGUUGCUGCAUUGCGGAUGGCACAAAGCCUUCUCCAUCAUCGCCAAGAUCGGUAAGUCAAUUGGGUAUUUCUUCAAAUCACUUUCUUCAA